AACCCCCAUCAAGCCUAUGUACCAACGAAAGAAAAAGAAAAAAAAAACCCUCUCGAGUCCGCCCCUCCUCCCCGAGCCGCCUCUCUCUCUCUCUCUCUCUCUCUCUCUCUCUCUCUCUACGGCGUCAAAGUGUAUAGUUAUUUUUUCUUCGCAUCUUUCCCUCCCUUAAAAAAUAAAAAAUACUGUCUCUCUCUCUUUCUCCUCUCCCACCUCGAAUUCCUCUAAUUUCCUAUUAUUUUGCUCUCAAUCUUCUCGCUAUCUCUCGAAUUCUGUCUUCGUUUUUGUCUUUGGAACUGGGGAAUGGACGGGGGAUCGGCGCCGUACAACCCGAAGACGGUGGAAGAGGUCUUCCGGGACUUCAAGGGCCGGAGGGCCGGGAUGGUCAAAGCCCUCACCACCGAUGUGGAGGAUUUCUACCAACAGUGCGACCCUGGCACCUCAAGACAUGGAAGAGAAAAGGAAAAUUUAUGCCUCUAUGGAUUUCCCAAUGAGCACUGGGAGGUUAAUUUGCCUGCGGAAGAGGUACCUCCGGAGCUCCCAGAGCCUGUCUUGGGCAUUAACUUUGCGAGGGAUGGAAUGCAAGAGAAAGAUUGGUUGUCUCUGGUCGCUGUACACAGUGAUGCGUGGUUACUUUCUGUUGCAUUUUAUUUUGGUGCUAGAUUUGGAUUUGAUAAAGCUGACAGGAAGCGCCUGUUUGGCUUGAUUAACGAACUGCCUACCAUAUACGAAGUUGUGAAUGGGAAGAGCAGAGUGAAAACAUCGGGUACCAACCACAGCAGCAAAAAAUCCAAGUCAAACUCUAAAGUGCAGCGCACAUCAGAGUCCCAGGCCAAGUAUCCAAAGGGGCAGCCAAAGGAAGAAGAUGAAGGUCUGGACGAGGAAGAUGAAGAGGAGCAUGGAGAGACCUUGUGUGGUGCAUGCGGGGAUAACAAUGGAUCAGAUGAGUUCUGGAUCUGCUGUGACAUAUGCGAACAGUGGUUUCAUGGCAAAUGCGUCAAGAUUACCCCUGCUAGAGCUGAGCACAUCAAGCAGUACAAGUGCCCAUCAUGCAGCAAUAAGAGAGCUCGCCCCUCCUGAGAGGUUUGCUGCAAGGUCCUCAUCCGUGCAUCUUGGUGGGGGCUGCACUCGAUGCCGAAUUUGCUGUUAGUUUAUAGGAAAAAGUGGUUCAUCUUGUAAACUAACUCGUGUUAGAAUCCUCUUUUUUAAUGCCGUGCACUCUUACAUUUAGAACACUUCUGCUGGAUGUAGAAUGAUCUAUCUUUAGCUGUCAUCAUAUUUAUCUGCUUUACCGUAGGUAUCAUCAUUCCCCAGUGGUUAAUGGAUGCUGUUUUCUUUUGUCGAUUUUUCUUAUAAGAAGACUGUUCCCAUUCUUAUGGUU